GGAUAUCCUUCGAUUCGGAGACCUUGGAGUACGCCUGUUCUGGGGAGGCGACGGUAAAUUUCGAGUGCGUCCUCCUUCCGGUCUCCGAGGUUUGAUUGCUUGCCCGUAAAGCAGCUACUUCCGGAUAGGCUCGAUGGAUAUUCCUGGGAGGCUGAAAGAAGAGGAGGAUGCUGCUGCCAUUAUUGGCUCCCCCAACAUCACGAGUGCUGCCGAGGCGGCAGAACUGAAGGAGCAGGAUGCUGAGGGCCACAGACUUAAUACACCAUGGACCAUGUGGUUGGAUAAGACGGAGCGCGGCGUCAGCGCCGCCGAGUACCAGGCCUCGCUGAAGAAGGUGUACACCAUGACGACGGUGGAGAGCUUCUGGGCCGUCUACAAGAACAUCCCGGACGUGCAGGAGCUCAACACGCGCUACACUUACCACAUGAUGCGCGACGACCGCAAGCCCCUCUGGGAGGAGCCGCGCAACUCGCGCGGCGGCACCUGGAAGGUCAAGUGCCGCAAGGAGGACUCGUCGGAGGUGUGGAAAGAACUUCUCCUAGCCUGCAUCGGGGAGCAGUUCGAUGAUUUCGUGGCCGAAGACGACGACAUUUGUGGAGUUUCUAUUUCGGUGCGCGACCGGGACGACCUCAUUCAAAUCUGGAACACCAAUGCCGCGCGACAGGAGGAGGCCAAGGUCAUCGAGAAAGUGAGGCUGCUCGUGCCCCGCGUCAAGUUCACGGCCAUAUUCUACAAGCGUCACGAGACCCACCACGCCUUCGAGGGGACUAACUAGAGACGACCGAAGGCCGCGGCGACGCAGCUGGAAGGUCCUCGGGCCCGUGUGCCAAACGGCGGUGUCCGCCUCCGCCGGAGAGAGUGCGCCCGGCGCUGGAGGCCCGCCGGCAGCCGCGCCGGGCCUCGCGGGCCAGGCGCGCGCCCGGGA